AUGGAAGAAGUAAAAGAAACUUCAUCGAUCACUUUCUUGACGCCCAAGAAUCAAUUUCAAAGCCCGUUGAUUGGUCAACCGAAAACAACACAAAACCCUAAAACGAGCCGGGGUCGACAGAAGAUAGAGAUCAAAAAGAUAGAAGAAGAGAGCAAGAGACAAGUAACGUUUUCGAAACGGCGCCGUGGGCUGUUCAAGAAAUCCGCUGAACUCAGUGUUCUCACCGGCGCAAAAAUCGCAGCCAUAACGUUCUCAAAAUGCGGCAGGAUCUACAGGUUUGGCCACGUGGACACGUUGAUCAACAACUAUCUUAAUAAGAAUACGGUGAGUUUGGAGGUAUAUCCCGGUGGUGAUGUGGCGGAUGAAGGGACGUCGUGGUGGGAGCGUCCGGUGGAGAGUGUGCCGGAGGAGGAUUUGGAAGAGUACGUGGCAGCUAUGAGUGUGUUGCGAGAAAAUUUAGGUAAGAGGAUCAUUGAGAUGAAUGAUCGGACAGUAGACAUUGUUCCGGCAUGGCCAAUCAAUAUGAUUGGUUAG